AUUGCCGUGCAGCCAUUUUGUCUCUGGGAGUGAAAUACAAUAUAUAUUAAAUAAACCGGAAUGAUAAAAACCAACAAAAGGAGGCAAAGUAAUUGAGGGCGCUAAUCUGAGGGCAAUUAGAGAGAAAACGGGGAAAAGGCGGGCCGCAUUUACGAAUACAGACUGUAGCCCUUAAGUGUCGGGUACACGGGGCUCUUUGAUAGAUCGAAAUCUGCUUUUUCCCUCUCUCUCCUGUUCGCUGCGAUAUUCCGGAACCAGGAGAGACUUUCUCAUGUGAAGACAGCCAGUUGCGGUUUCUAGUUUUGUGAUACAAGCAGCAUUUUUUUCUUUUUUUUUCCGUAAUUAUCUUAGCAAACUUUUGUUUGUGUAAUGCUUUCGUUUGUAUCUUGAAAAAGUUUGAUUUUUUUCCUUGCCCUUUUCUGCGGGGCGGGGGGCGGAAGAGACCAUAUACUUUUUGACAGCUGAACUUUCAAUUCAUUUUCGUUGUCCGUUGGUGUUUUUUUCUGGUCUGAUUGCCGGUUUUUGUGUGUAUCUGUGUUAAUAUACGUAGGCGUAUGCCUAUGUCGUGUAACGAAUCGGUAGUUGGACUCGAAUGGAAAAUAAUACAUUGAUGUAUAUUGAAAUUGUAAAUUCUUAGGCCUUUUCUACAACUUUGAUUCCCCUGUUUAUACCUCAGCUCAUUUGACCGUUUAUCUUUAGCGGUUUGCUCCUUUUCUUCCUCGUGUCAACAUGUCAGGCCAGUCGAUCACAGACCGGAUUGUUUCUGCUCAGCACAGCAUGACUGGGUCAGCCAUCAGCAAAGCGGUGUGUAAAGCCACGACACAUGAAGUAAGCGGACCCAAGAAGAAGCACCUGGACUAUCUGAUUCACUGUACAAAUGAAAUGAAUGUAAAUAUACCACAGCUGGCAGAUACACUUUUUGAGAGAACAGCCAACAGCAGCUGGGUUGUGGUAUUCAAAGCUCUAAUUACAACUCAUCACCUCAUGAUGUACGGGAAUGAGCGUUUUAUCCAGUACUUGGCUUCCAGAAACACACUGUUUAAUUUAAAUAACUUCUUGGACAAAAGUGCAAUGCAGGGUUAUGAUAUGUCCACAUUUAUUAGACGCUACAGCAGGUAUCUAAAUGAGAAGGCUCUCUCCUACAGACUUGUUGCCGUUGAUUUCACCAAAAUGAAAAGGGGGAUUGAUGGAGUCAUGAGAACAAUGAACACGGAGAAGUUGAUAAAAACUCUCCCAAUCAUUCAAAACCAGUUGGAUGCAUUGCUUGAUUUUGAAGCAAACCCCAAUGAGCUGACCAAUGGAGUUAUCAAUGCUGCCUUCAUGCUGCUCUUCAAAGACUCAAUCAGACUCUUUGCUGCAUACAAUGAAGGUGUCAUUAACUUGCUGGAGAAAUAUUUUGACAUGAAAAAGAACCAGUGCAAAGAAGCCCUCGAUAUUUAUAAGAAAUUCCUCUACAGGAUGACAAAGCUGUCAGAGUUUUUGAAAGUUGCUGAGCAAGUUGGAAUUGAUCAGGGUGACAUUCCAGAUCUUACACAGGCCCCAAGUAGUCUCUUAGAAGCUCUUGAGCAGCAUCUAGCAUCUCUGGAAGGCAAGAAAACCAAGGAGUUAUCAGCAGCAACCAGAGCAAGCACCUUGUCUAGUGCUGUAUCCACUCUUUCAAACACAGGCAUGUCUUUUAGCCGUAUGGAUGAGAAGGAAAAACAACAAGCACUAGAGGAGGAACAGGCUAGGUUACAAUCGCUCAAGGAACAGCGCCUGAAGGAGAUUGGAAUGCAUACUCCCUCAGUUUCCCCCAGCACUCAGUCGGGGGGUAGUGCCAAUAUCAGCAAUGCUCUGGAUUUGUUUUCUACUCCUGCAGCAGCUCCAUCUACCAAUAGCAUGCCAAACCUCACCAGUGACUUCUUUGACCUUCAACCUGCGUUUGUCCCCACUGUUCAGAGCACCCCAGCCAUCUCCACAGCCGUCAGCAGUGCCUGGGGAGGUAUUAAUCCCCAUUCAGUGCCACAGACUGUUCAGAUUCCCACAAUGAAUGUAGAUUUUGAUGCUGUAUUUGGAGCUAAAGUUACCGAUAAUGAUGUGAAGACCACAAGUGAAGACCUCCUGAAGCCUACAGUGUCAGUACAAAGUCAGUCUUCCGCCCCAACGCAUCAACAAAACAGCAAAUUGCUUGCAAAUGAUCUUGACUCUUCUCUUGCCAAUCUUGUUGGAAAUCUUAAUUUUUGUGGAACACCAGCCAAAAAGCCAGACAUGCAGUGGAACCAACCUGGUGAGAAGAAACUGACUGGAGGAACACAUUGGCAAUCAAAAACUAUGCCAACAACAACAGGGUGGAGCCCAGCAGGUAUAGGCCCAGGUCCAGCACCAGUGCCAGUACCACAAAUGAAUGGAGUACUCUAUACAGGAUAUCCACCAGCAGCCCCUAUGGCAUUUCCAAUGACAUCACCACAAGUGCCUGUCUAUGGAAUGGUCCCUCCACAAAUGGGAGCUGUUCCAAUGAUGGCCCCCCAGCCAAUGAUGUUCAACCAGCAGGUCUUAAGGCCCACAAACCCUUUUGCUCCUGUCCCUGGUGCUCAGAUGCAGUUUAUGUAGAAAACAAGAAGCAAUGUGGCAGAAAUUACUAUCAACACCAAAUACCAGGAGACGGCCGGAAGGACGUAGCACAUUGACUUCAAACUGUUGUAUUCUUACUGCUCCAGUAAUUUAUCCCUCCACUCACUAUUAUUUUUCCACAUCCAUUUGAAGCAGAUCAAAGCAGACAUCUCUGUUCUGAUUCUUUGUUUACCUGAUGGAAGAGCCUGGUGCUUUCAGUUUGUUACUAAGGUUUGUGAAGUUAAAGGAGAACAAUCUGAAACAAAAUGUGGAUUGGGACCAGGAGUUGUGGAAUGAUGAAUGAAUGGAUGAUGGUUCAGAGAAACAAACAAUUAAACAUGCACUCUGUCGCCCUUUGAUCUUUUGAAAUUCGUAUAUCUAUGAACCAGAUUAGUUUGCCAUUCUUUUACACUAAAAGCAGAAAAAAGUUGAUUUGAUGUUUAAAAAAAAAAAAAAAAUUUAAGAAACUAAGGGAUUUACACUUUUUAGAUUAGUGGAUUCAUAUAGCAUUUUUUUAAUAAGUUGAAGUUUCUUUAUCAGUCAUUUCUUUGGAAUUGCAGUACAGCAGGUCCAGAAUAUUUUUGUUUAUGGCCCAAGUGUAACUUUCAUAUAUUCACAUAUCGUCUUGGGUGUCAGUACAUAAAAAUGUUUUCUUGGAAACUGCAGUUUAUGCCACUUCAUCCUUUCAGUUAUGGUUUUCCUUGCUUAAUGGGCUUUAUGCACAUUCUACAGUCAAACAAAAGCCAAACAUGGCACAAUACAUAUUUUAAAAGAUUCAGGAUGCAGAAGGACAGUAAAAUGUAUUUUUUAAUUCUAAAACUGUUUCCAGGCAAUUGAAAAACUGAUUUUGUGUCUGUGUUCUCAGGUUUGCUUAAAGGUGUUUUUCAUGCAAGAACCGUUUCUUUCAUAUGACCUUAAUGGCGGUGUCUGUCAUACACAGGGUAAAACAAUAUUAGUGCUGAGCACAACAAUAAAAAAACAAAAAUUG